UUCUUCUUCUUCUUCCUCCCUCAAUUUUCCUUCCAUUUUCCAUCACUUUCUCUUCCAUUUUCCCCAGAGCGAGAGAAAGAAAAUUCUCGAAAAUUCACUCACUUCUCCAAUGGAGGAAAACCACGCCGCCGCAGCAUUCGAAUCCAACGACCAUGGCUGGCAGAAGGUGACCUACGUGAAACGCCAGAGCAAGAAGAAGGCUGCUAAUGGUGUUUCUGAUUCCCGCGUCAAGGUUGCUCCCAAUGGAACGGUUGCCGGCGGAGAGAGUAUUUUCCGCUCGCUUGAGCUUGAGUCGGAGGAUCGGCGCCGGCGCAUUGUUGAGGCGCGGAGGGCGGCCGAUGCUGCUGAAUUUGAUGACGGUUUUGUCAGAUCGAAGCUGCGGGCUCGAGAUGAGUAUGAUGAUGGGGAUUAUGAUGACGAUGAGGAUGUGGCUGAGAACGGGAAGGUGGAGGAGGUGAAGAAGGUGAAGGUGAAGAAGCCGAAGAAGCCUAAGGUGACUGUGGCGGAGGCGGCGUCGAAGAUUGAUGCUUCUGAUCUGGAGACAUUUCUCGUUGAUAUAUCGGCUUCGUUCGAGAAUCAGCAGGAUAUUCAGAUGAUGCGGUUUGCGGAUUAUUUUGGACGUGCUUUUUCUGCUGUGAAAGCUUCUGAGUUUCCAUGGGUGAAGUUGUUCAGGGAGUCUCCUGUGGCUAAGAUUGCUGAUGUGCCUCUUUCUCACAUAUCUGAUGCUGUAUAUAAGACAGCAGCUGACUGGAUUAACCACCGUUCUCCUGAGGCACUUAGUUCCUUUGUGCUCUGGUCCUUAGAUAGCAUUCUUGCUGACCUGGGGAGCCAUCAAACUGUGGCCAAGGGUUCCAAAAAGGCUGUGCAACAAGCAACUUCAAAAUCUCAGGUUGCAAUAUUUGUUGUUUUAGCAAUGGUAUUGCGUCGGAAACCUGAUGCCCUUAUUACUGUAUUGCCCACACUGAGGGAGAAUGCAAAGUAUCAAGGACAAGAUAAGCUUCCCGUGUUUGCAUGGAUGGUGGCUCAGGUUACAGCGGGAGAUCUCUCAGUAGGUUUGUAUGCUUGGUCACGGAAUCUCCUGCCUAUAGUGAGUGGAAAAAGUGUUAAUCCCCUAUCGAGGGAUUUGGUUUUGCAGCUAGUGGAAAAAAUCUUGUCUACCCCUAAAGCACGGCCUGUUUUAGUAAAUGGUGCUGUAAGAAAAGGGGAACGGCUGAUUCCUCCUUCUGCAUUUGAAAUUUUGGUCCAUGCUACUUUCCCUUCAUCUUCAGCUAGAGUAAAGGCUACAGAAAGAUUUGAGGCAAUAUAUCCCACACUGAAAGAGGUGGCUCUUGGUGGUUCUCCUGGAAGUAAAGCAAUGAAACAAGUUUCGCAGCAGAUAUUCAGUUUUGCUAUCAGAGCAGCAGGAGACAACAAUCCUCAGUUAUCUAAAGAAGCAGCUGGUAUUUUUAUUUGGUGUUUACGCCAAAGCACUGAAUGCUACAAGCAAUGGGAAAAAGUUUAUGAGGACAACAUUGGAGCAAGCGUUUCGGUUCUAAAGAAGCUAACUGAUGAUUGGAAGGAGCAAUCAACAAAAUUGUCUCCUCAUGAGCCACUGAGGGAAAUCCUAAAGAAUCUUAGGCCAAAGAAUGAGAAAGCAUUGGCUACUGAAACAGAUCCAGCUCGUCAAGCCCUCUUCAAGGAUGCGGAUAAAUAUUGUAAGAUACUCUCAGGAAGAGUUUCUCAAGGCCAUGGGUGCAGGACAUGUUUGACCUUUACAGUUCUUGUUGUGGCUGUGGGUGCUGUUCUUUUGUCCCCCAACAUGGAAUCUUUGGACUUCAAGAAGCUCUCUGUAGUUUUCAACUCUCAGUUCUGAGUACUCUGAGAUUAUUCCGCAUUACUGGCAUUUGGUUGCAUCAAACAGCAAUUUGGUUGCAUCAAUCAAAUUGCUUCAUUAGGAAGUGCAUAAUGCGGAGGUUGUACACUUAGCUCAGAUCCUCUUUGGAUGGCACAGAAUAGUUGAGGUCGACAAUGCCUUGAGGCUUUACUUUGGUUUGACCCUUCUAUAAUUUAUUUGAUGUUCUUGUUUCUGUUGAGCCAUAAAUUUUAGUUAUCUUUAUGCCUUUACAUCAACCAUGCUGGCAAAAAUGCCAAUGAGUUAACAACACCUGGAUUUUGAAGUAAACUUAGUUUAAUGUAAGGAAUUUUGAUGACA